UGUGGACUGGAGGCUGCAACCAUGGCUCGGAAACGGGUUGUGCAGCGCAUCAAAGCUGUGGAGUCGGAGACCCGCUUGCUUGUGGUGGACAAGGAGACGGACGAAUACCUGUGCAGCCUGCGCCUGACGUGCACGGAGGAGAUGGUGCACAGUGGGAUCCUGCUGAACUCCAACGCUUCGCCCACCAAGUCAGUGGGCAGCGACAACGGGGAGGUCUGGAAGCCACAGCUGGAUCUGAGCGGGGACAGCCUCCAGCGGCACUCGCACAGCUUCUCCUCACACGGCAGCAGGAAGGAUUUAAACGGACAGAAGGAGCUGUGCCCACGUCUCUGCCACCUGAAGAAAGGUCCCAAUGGCUACGGCUUCAACCUGCACAGCGAGAAGUCCCGGCCAGGGCAGUUCAUCCGCUCAGUUGAUCCCGACUCACCGGCCUCCAGAGCGGGGCUGCGGCCCCAGGACCGGCUGGUGGAGGUGAACGGCAUAAACGUGGAAGGGUUGCGGCACUCAGAAGUGGUGUCCCACAUUAAGUCCAGGGAGAAUGAAGCCAGGCUCUUGGUGGUGGACCCCGAAACAGAUGAUUACUUCAAGAAGCUGGGGGUGACCCCCACGGAGGAGCACACCAAAGGUGUGGUACCUCAGCCCAUGACAAAUGGAUCUGCACAGACUCAGCUGAACGGAGGAUCCACAUCUUCAUCUCACAGUGACCUUCAAAGUCCUGGAAAGGAAUCAGAGGAUGGAGACGCGGAGAAGAAAGACCCGUUUGAGGAGAGCGGGCUGAGCUUGAGCCCAACGGCUGCCGAGGCCAAGGAGAAGGUGCGGGCCAAGCGGGUGAAGAAGAGAGCUCCGCAGAUGGACUGGAACAAGAAGAGAGAGAUUUUCAGUAAUUUCUGAGCCUUGCUGGUGGCCGCCGUCCGCCGCUCUCCUGCCCCUGCCCCAGCUCGGACGUUUCUGAGGUGCCUACGCCCUGUCCUUCAGUGUCCAUGUGAGAUGCUUUGUGCUCUGCUCUUCACUGGUUGCUUUUACAAGGCGUAUUUUAAAGUCCUUUUUUUUUAUUUUUUAUUGUUAUUAUUAUUAUUAUUGUUACUCACCAGCGAUUCUCAUAAGACAAAUGUGACCAAAGCUCCUUUUCUUGCUUGCUCUUCAGCCCGGCUCUGGCUGCCCACCGUCCCCUGUUCCUAUGAGAAAGGACUGGAAGAAUAUAACUCUUUGUUUCUUACCUGC